GAACUCAAAUCCCUUUCCGGUCGACUCACAGCUGCCACCAAAAAGCUCACUCUCGAAACAAAACUAAGAGAUGCUGCUUCAUCACUCAACAAAGUACAAGAAGCGCAUAACCGGACCCCGUCCAAAGCAGGCAACCUCAGUGCUCUUGAAACGGCCAACGCCAAAGUACAAAAGGCGCAACAAGAGCGACUAGAGUCCCAACUCAAACCUCCAGCUAGCAACGUCGAUAGCUCAGGUCGAACUACUCCAGCUAAUGGAUUAGUAAACGAUUUUAGUCCAACCUCGGCGGUUACAAACAUGUCCUCCACCUUCCGUCCCAAAUUCGAGGGGGCUCAUCUCUUUGCUGGUCAUACCGAUGCCGCUGUACCGCGCAUGCCCAAGGUAAUACGGUCAGUGACCGAAAUGAACGCAAUGGAGGAACAACUAGCAUCCAAAGAAGAAGCCCUCAAAGCCGCGCAACAGCAGGAAGAACAGCUGAGAAAGGAAGCCGCUGCCCUACGUAACCAAAAGAAGGAGGUAGAGGACGGUUUCAGUGCCAAGCUUCAAGAGGCAGAUACAACAAUAUCCGGUCUACGGGCGGAAUUACAACGGAUGAACUCGACAA